GUGCCGGUUUCGUUAACUUUUGGACGACAACUUCCGUUAGCAGGCAUUUGCCUUAAAAUACAUUAAGUUCAGUUGUUGAAUAAUUUGAAAUCUUCUGUUAUAAUGCUACCUCUAUCUUUGUUGAAGACUGCACAGAACCACCCGAUGCUGGUAGAAUUGAAGAAUGGAGAGACGUACAAUGGACACUUGGUCAGUUGUGACAACUGGAUGAAUAUCAACUUAAGAGAAGUCAUCUGCACCUCAAGGGACGGCGACAAGUUCUGGAGGAUGCCCGAGUGUUACAUCCGAGGGAGCACCAUUAAAUACCUGCGCAUCCCCGACGAGAUCAUCGACAUGGUGAAGGAGGAGGUGGUGUCCAAGGGACGCGGGCGCGGUGGCAUGCAGCAGAACAAACAGCAGGGCAAGGGCCGAGGAGGAGGCGCGGGCAGAGGUGUGUUUGGGGGUCGUGGUCGCGGCAUGCCAGGAGUGGGCCGAGGCCAGCAGCAGCAGGAGAAGAAGCCAGGUGGUGCCAAACCUCAGGGAGUCAAGAAUCAGCACUGAGGAGAUAGAGGCGGGAUAUCAGAGAGAAGUGUACAGUAGGUUUCACAGUAUGUCAACGCUAUUGGUCCGUGGUCACAGUGGCUGGUGUAACAGCCGUCCCGGUUCCCUCUGCUGAUUUGCUAGCCGUGUGAUGAGCUUGACCUUAUCUAAUUGUGAGGCCACGCUGUGAGAAAGACAAACUAGUCCACGCAGAUGUGAAAAUGCAAGGUUGAGUUUUGAAAUGUUUUUUUUGCCCUACUUAUUGUCUUUGUUUGAUUAACAAUUUGGACCACCAUUUAAAAUAAACUCCCCAGUCCAUUUU